CCGCGGACACUUACUCCCGGAGAGAAAUAAAAAUGCUCAAGGACACUCCGAAAGAUUCGUUCACCCUGGAUGUGGCCCUAGUGUCGGCAGCUGUGGUAAUUUGUCUUGCUGCAAUGGUUGCCAUGUGUGGGAUCUGCAAAUGGUGUCAGCGCAAAUUGGGUAAAAGACACAAGAGCUCAUUGGAAGCAGUCAACACACCAGACUCCAACCGUGGCCGAAAUGAGAAGAAAGCCAUCAAUGAUCUUGACAAAGACUUUUGGAAUAACAAUGACAGCACAGUACAAAAGAAAUGGAGUUCCUACCCUCCAAAGGAGUUCAUUCUAAACAUUUCGCCUUAUGCACCUUAUGGUGACCCACGACUUUCACUCAAUGGCACUCUCAUGUCCGGUAACAAAGCUUCAGUAGCUGAGAAAGAAACACGCACGGCCGAGAAGCAAACCCGCAGCAACAGCAUGAAGAGCAGUGGAUCUUCCAACAGUAAUCGGGGUGAAGCUGCCAAUGGCAAGGUUGGGAAAGGUGGGCGCUGGCACACAGUCCAGACUCUCCUAGCAUCGGGCAAGCUCAACCAAGCUAACUUGGAUGAGCCGACCUUAUCAGCAGCCUCCACAUUAGAACACAUAUCUACACCACCAAGCGAUCAACAGCCGAAAUGCCCACGACCUCGGACGCUGCAGAGGCAGCAGAGCCUCCAGCAGCCGCUGCAACACCAUAGACCUGCCCACAGUCAGCCUACCACCAGCCAGAGCCUUGGGCAGCUUCAGUUCCAACAGCAGACAACCUCCGGCAGCAGGUCUCCCUACAGAGCCCAGCACAGGCCAACUGGUACGGCAGGCUCACGCAAUCGUACCGCCGGAGGCCGCAGCCGCUCCAAUCCUGGGAGCUGGGACUACGUGAUGGGACAGCUCCGUAAUCGAGGGUUAGAUAUGAAGUCUUUCCUUGAAGGCCGGAUGGUGGUCCUUUCCCUGGUUAUGGGUUUGACAGAACAAGAUGACUUUGCAAAUAUUCCUGAUCUACAGACCAGCAACAGCCAACAAAACCAAGGCAUGCAGUCAGACAAAAGGUUACCCACUGGAAAUAAGCCAGUAAAUACAACCCCUGUGCAAGGGCAGGUCCCCCAGGAUGAGUCUGAUAGGAAAACAGAACCUCGCUCUUCCGUCUCAGACCUUGUGAAUUCCCUCACAAGUGAGAUGCUGAUGCUAUCACCAGGCUCUGAGGAUGAUCAUGAGGGAAGCUCACGUGAAAACCUGGGUCGAAUUCAAUUCAGUGUUGGCUACAAUUUCCAGGAGUCUACCUUCACUGUAAAAAUAAUGAAGGCGUUAGAGCUGCCAGCAAAGGACUUUAGUGGCACCAGUGACCCAUUUGUUAAAAUUUAUCUGCUACCUGACAAGAAACACAAACUCGAAACAAAGGUGAAAAGAAAGAAUUUAAACCCACAUUGGAAUGAGACAUUCCUAUUUGAAGGUUUCCCUUAUGAGAAGGUGGUUCAGCGAGUGCUGUAUCUUCAAGUCCUGGAUUAUGAUCGUUUCAGUCGAAAUGAUCCUAUUGGAGAGGUGUCAUUACCUCUAAACAAGGUGGACCUGACACAGACACAAACAUUCUGGAAAGAACUAAAGCCAUGCAGUGAUGGAAGUGGGAGUCGAGGAGACCUUCUCUUGUCAUUAUGCUACAACCCAACUGCCAACACAAUCACUGUGAACAUUAUAAAGGCAAGGAAUCUGAAAGCCAUGGAUAUAGGAGGUACAUCAGAUCCAUAUGUCAAGGUCUGGCUCAUGUACAAGGAUAAGAAGGUAGAGAAGAAAAAGACAGUUGUGAUGAAGAGGUGUUUAAACCCCAUCUUCAAUGAGUCUUUUGUGUUUGAUGUACCGACUGAGAUAUUGCGAGAGACGACUAUUAUCAUUACUGUGAUGGAUAAAGACAAACUGAGCAGGAAUGAUGUUAUUGGAAAGAUAUACUUGUCUUGGAAGAGUGGGCCUGGAGAAGUCAAGCAUUGGAAAGAUAUGAUUGGGCGGCCACGACAUGCUGUGGCUCAGUGGCACCAGCUCAAGGCAUGA